CGAAACCAAGGCAACAGCAGAGAGGGGCGGGCCAAAGCAGCUGACAGCAUAAAGAAAACUUUGUUAGCGCGUUGCUAACAAAUUUGUCUGUUCAGCGAUGUAAAUAAAUAAUAGGAAGCAGCACUUCGAAAAUCCCAUAAAAGAUGGACUGUGCUGCAGAUGAGAGGGAGCUGUGCCAAUGGUCCAGUUCGAUGCUGACGGGCAGCAGGAGUGCUCUGAAGGCACGAGUUCAACAGUUUGUGGAAGAGAGGAUGCAAACCACGAUGCUAACAGGUGUACUGAUCGGAGCAGUGGUCGCUGUCGUACUGAUUGGGAUUGUGGUGCUCUUCUAUUACAGAAAAAUCAAGCUUGCUCGUGAGCAGCAGCCUGGUGUGCCCCAGUAUCGUUUCCGAAAACGAGAUAAAGUGCUUUUCUAUGGAAGAAAGAUAAUGCGAAAGGUUCAAACGCUGUCCUCUACUCCUCCCCCCUCCUUAUCCUCAGUGUCAAAGCAACCGCAGCGCAUACGCAAAAGAACCAAAGUUCUGACCAUAGCUCGCAGAAUCUUGAGGAUCCGUAAAGACCCACCCACUCUGCAGCAUAAGGAACCUCCUCCAUCUUUGCUGGAGGCAGAUCUAACAGAGUUUGAUGUGCAGAGUUCAAAUCUUCCUUCAGAGGUUCUCUAUAUGCUAAAAAAUGUUAGAGUCCUGGGUCACUUUGAGAAGCCUCUGUUCCUGGAGUUGUGUCGCCACAUGGUGUUUGUUGAGCUUCAAGAAGGGGAAGUGCUUUUCAGACCAGGAGAUGACGAUGACAGUAUAUAUGUGGUCCAGGAUGGUCGACUUGAGCUCUGUGUUCAAGAAAAUGAUGGCACGGAGCCAGUGGUGAAGGAUGUUCACCCUGGAGACAGUGUCCACAGCCUGCUCAGCAUUCUGGACAUCAUCACUGGUUAUCCAGCUCCAUAUAAGACUGUAUCAGCACGAGCUGCAACUCGCUCCACCAUCUUACGCUUAUCUGCUUCAGCCUUUGAGUCAGUUUUCAAGAAAUACCCCGAGACACUUGUUCGCGUCAUCCAGAUAAUCAUGGUGCGACUUCAGAGGGUGACCUUUCUGGCGUUGCAUAACUAUCUGGGCCUAACAACCGAGCUCUUCAAUCCGGAGAGUCAGGCUGUGCCGUUGUCCAAUAUAAACAGUGUGAUGUCUGAGGUAAAUUCUGUAAAGACGGCUCGUCGUCACCAUUUCCAGGAUGAGUUUCCAGCUGUGACCAAUGAGACCACUUCAGAACCAGAUGGUGUUAAGGAUAGUCCUCUAAACAGCAGUAGGAGGUCGCGGUCUGUCUCUGCUCCCACUGAUUGUGGAGGAAAUGACCUUAACAUGGCUUGUGAACGAGCUCGUGUCACAAUAGAGGAGACUCCAUCCAGUCCUCUCACUCAGAAGUCUGCUCUAAAGAAGAAUGUGACGAUGCAGCAAACACCGUCUGAGGUGUUCCACUACACUGACAGUGGAGGGCAGCCUGACGCCAGUAACGUUGGUAAAAGCAGCACUGUCCUCCAGGCUGCUAAGAAAGACUUCCUGGGAGUCAUCCAGCUGCAGGACCCCAGUUUACUUGAUGGCAGGGUGACCCUUCACCAUGUGAAGGCAGGUUCUGUUGUAGCUCGUCAAGGAGACCAGGAAGUGAGCAUCCAGUUUGUGAUCUCCGGGCUCCUCCAUGUUUAUCAGAGGAUGAUUGAUCGUGAAGAAGACACUCGUCUGUUUGUGACGCAUCCUGGGGAGCUUGUGGGUCAGCUCGCUGUGUUGACCGGAGAGCCUCUCAUAUUUACGGUUCGAGCCCAGCGAGACUGCAGCUUCCUCUCCAUUUCCAAAACCCACUUCUACGAGAUAAUGCGUGUUGAGCCAAAAGUGGUCCUGAAUGUUGCUCACACCGUCUCCAGGCGGAUGUCGUCUUUUAUCAGACAGAUAGACUUUGCCCUUGAUUGGAUGGCUGUGGAGGCUGGCAGAGCUGUUUACAGGCAGGGGGAAAAAUCAGAUAGCACCUUUAUAGUGCUGAGUGGUCGACUACGCUCUGUGAUCAGGAAGGACGACGGCAAAAAGGAGCUGAUAGGAGAGUAUGGACGUGGUGACCUGAUUGGAGUGGUGGAGGCCUUGACCCACCAGAACCGAGCCACAACUGUUCACGCUGUUCGAGAUUCAGAACUGGCUAAGUUACCAGAGGGGGCGCUCAACUCCAUCAAGAGGAGGUUCCCACAGGUCGUCACAAGGUUGAUCCAUUUGUUGGGUCAAAAGAUUCUUCAGCAGGUCAACGUUCCUUUUUCAGCUCGUAGCUUGGCACUCCACACUCCAGGGAGCAAGUGGGAUGCAGGGAAUCAAGCCUCCAACCUCUCUACUGUGACGGUCCUGCCUGUAUCAGAAGAGGUGCCUUUGACUACCUUCACCCUGGAGCUGCAGCAUGCCCUCAUUGCUAUAGGACCAACUCUUCUGCUUACAAGUGACAUUAUCAAGCAGAGGCUGGGAGCUGCAGCACUGGAUAGUGUCCAUGAAUACCGUCUUUCCAGCUGGCUGGGCCAACAAGAAGACAUACAUCGCAUAGUUCUGUAUCAGACCGACUACACGUUGACCCCGUGGACUCAGCGGUGCAUCCGUCAGGCUGACUGCAUCAUUAUUGUGGGACUUGGGGAGCAAGACCCUGCUGUUGGGGAGCUGGAGCGCAUGUUAGAAGGAAGUGCAGUGCGGGCCCAGAAGCAGCUGGUGUUGUUGCACCGAGAAGAUGGCCCUCCUCCCCAAGGAACUGUGAACUGGCUGAACAUGCGAAGCUGGAUCUCCAGGCACCUCCAUCUCUCCUGUCCCAGAAGGGUCUUCUCUAAGAGGAGCCUCCCCAAGCUGUUGGAGCUGUACCAGCGUGUGUUUGAGAAGCCUGCAGACCGCCACUCUGACUUCUCCCGUCUGGCUCGGGUUCUCACGGGCAACGCCAUCGCGCUCGUCCUCGGCGGGGGAGGGGCCAGGGGUUGCUCCCAGGUGGGGAUCAUGAGAGCGCUGUGCGAGGCCGGCAUCCCGGUGGACCUGAUCGGUGGGACUUCGAUUGGAGCGCUGAUGGGGGCUUUGUAUGCUGAGGACCGCAGCCUCAGCCGCAUGAGGAUUAGAGCCAGACAAUGGGCAAUGGAAAUGACCUCAACAUUUAAAAAGGUUUGGGAUUUCACAUAUCCGAUGUCCUCCAUGUUUACUGGUGCUGGCUUCAACUCCAGCAUCAGUAAAGUGUUUCAAAGCAAACAGAUUGAGGACCUUUGGAUCCCAUAUUUUAAUAUUACUACUGACAUUAGUGCUUCAGCCAUGAGAGUACACACUGAUGGUUCUCUGUGGCGGUACGUUCGAGCCAGCAUGUCUCUCUCGGGAUAUCUGCCCCCUCUCUGUGACCCCAAAGACGGACACCUGCUGAUGGAUGGGGGUUACAUCAACAACCUGCCAGCUGAUGUGGCGCGCUCCAUGGGGGCCAAGGUGGUGAUAGCUAUUGACGUGGGCAGCCGGGAUGAAACCAACCUCACUAAUUACGGCGAUUCGCUCUCAGGCUGGUGGGUGCUAUGGAAACGCCUGAACCCCCUGGCAGAGAAAGUGAAGGUGUUGAACAUGGCAGAGAUUCAGACCCGGCUGGCUUACGUAUGCUGCGUGAGGCACCUGGAGUCCGUUAAAAGCAGCGACUAUUGCGAGUACAUCAGGCCGCCAAUUGACAGAUAUCGGACUCUGGAGUUUGGCAAGUUUGAUGAGAUAGCUGAAGUGGGCUACCAGCAUGGCAAGACCGUGUUUGAUGUGUGGAGGCGGAGUGGCGUCGUGGAGAAGAUGAUGAAAGACAGGCACCAAGAGGAGACCCGCAACACCCAAACCAUGAGCAAUGUGGUGACAUGUCCCAAUGCUUCCUUCACUGACCUUGCAGAAAUCGUGUCUCGCAUCGAGCCUGUCAAGCCUGCGGUGGUGGAUGAAGAGUCAGACUAUCAGACUGACUAUGACGAGGAAGCAUUGGAGAGUGCCCUUUCUGAUAUGGAGCUGUAUGGUCACUGCGGGGAGCACACUGAAGGGGAGGAGACGGCUGACACGGAUGAGGAACAGGAGGAGAGAGGAUUCCCCAGCGGGGAGCCUGCAAACGUCUCCUUCAGUCCACAAGAGCAGCUGAAGACGCCUACAAAUCCGUUUCAACCGAGCCAUUAAGAAGACAACCGUCUGAGCAAUACCCAAACAGGUCGUCAUAAUUUCAUCACAACUAAUCCUCUUUGUUUGGCUGAUCUCUCAUAUUGAGAUAUAGUUGAUGUGAACUUCUUAAAGCUUUAUGGGAAUCACAGCUGUUCAGUGGAAGAUGAAAGGACAAGUGAAGAAAUUCGUAUUUCUGUGAAAUACUCAUCACUGAGACAAUGUUAGGAAAAAAAAGGUCGAUUCUGUCAUGAUUGACUCUAUUGAUUUAGUUUUUAGGUUUAAAGUAGUCAGGAAGUCACUGUCAUAUUGUUGUUGUUUUUUUUUCUGUACAUUACUGCUGUUUACAAUGAUUAUUUAAAGAAAGUCCCCCUCUUUGUGGUCAUACACAGAAAUAUGAACCUCAAACACACAUUUUAAAUCAAGACGAACCGAGGCAUUAAGGAAACGUUGUAAGGAAGACAAUUUUUACUUAAUUCUACCUGAAAAUAUUUGGAUUUCCAGGCCAGAAAGAGUGUCUCAAAACAUUUAACCCACCCAGGCAAUGAUGGGGCAGUGGUUUUAUGUUUGUUUUUCUUUUCUUUGCUUGUUUGUUUGUUUUUUACUGCGUUUAAAACAUAAAAAAAAAAUAAAAUACAGUACUUAAUGGAACCAAAUCAAUGGAGCUCUACAAGUUUUUAGUUUUAUUCAACUGCAGUUUGAUAGGCACAGGUUAUGAUGGCAUAUAUUUUCAAACAAGAACCAAAUUGCACCAAGCUGUUUGACUGCUGGAUAUAAUCUGAGUUGACCAAGUAAUGUUAUGUGAGUUUAGAUUCUGAAACUCAGAAGUUCAGGCUACGUUAGGGUUAGGUUAGGUCAGUUAUUUAUAUUUAUGUUAUUUCACUGCUUAAGUUAUCUAUAAUGGUCUUUCCUAUUUUCAUGCUUAACACUGAAACUGGCAUAAAGAUAAGGAUUUGAUAGAAGUCUAAAAUAGUUUCUUCUUGAGGCAGAGUCGCUGCUGUUCGAAAGAAGAAAAUAACCACUGCUUAAAAUGAUAAGUUAUUGCUUUAUAUGACUUAAUAUAGAUAACAAUGAUUUAUACAUGGAAGCAUUGAUUGGGUCUCCUUAAAAAAAUCAGAGCACAAACUGUUCAGGAAUUUUGUUGUGUUUUGUCUAAACUGAUGCAUUUACACAGAUGUGUGCCAACUUCAGCACAUGACCAAAAAUUCAGUCAGAAAAGCUGUUUAUCCUGUAAAUAAAUAAAAAAAAAGUUUUGAAAAUUGUUGCCAACAUGCAACUCCAGAUGUAAGGACACAGGCUGGUGUUGCAAAAAUGUUAUUAUGGAAAUAAAAUGCACAGAAACCUCUGCCUUAACAAUAAUAUACAUGAAUCACAAAUUGCUUAGAAAUGCAGCACAAAACAAAGCAGCAGACUGUCCAGUGACGGCUAUCGGCACAGUUUUGUUAUUCCCGACGUGCCGGGGACAUGCAGGGGGAAUUAAUGAUGGCGGUCCUCUUCAAAGCACGAGUUUCCCUGUUGGCUGCUCAGACAGCCUCCCCCCUGUUUGUGUUCUGGCUUGAAUCUAUCAGACACAGACUUAGCAGCAGACAAUGUGACUUUGAAGCUCAUCUUGUCUGCAGAUAGACUAUUAUUGUUAGGCACCUUCCUUACAAUAUAUUGGAUAUGUUUAAAUACUUGUAUAAAUACAAAGGUAAUGGCCCUUGUAUGAACCAAUAACUACAGUAUUCCAACACUAAGGUAAUAUCAAACUCGAAAGGAUGUUCAUUCCAAGUAUCAUGAUUUAUUUCACCCCCUGAUACUGCACACCCCCCUGAAACACACUCUUUAUAGGUGUGAUACUUACUACUGGUGCUACACGUGCCUGCAGCCUUAUGCGUGUGGACAGUGGGAGAAAACCUGUUAUAAACACUAUGGAUGUGUUGUGAAUAUGUGAACACUGGACAGAAAAAAAAAAUGUUGCUGUUUACCAAUCAGAUGAUGAUGAUGAUGAUGAGGUUUGUACUUUUUUUUUUUUUUUUCCUUUGAAGCCUUGCACAAUGACUUGAGGAUCGAUGUUUCACUUCUUUGUUAAAUGGGUCACUGUAGUGAAUCAGCUGCUGGAGUAAUGUAUGGAGCCCUGCCAUGAAGUUAAUAUAAACCUCCUUUGAUGACCUAUAUGAGGAAAAUUAUCGUGCACUUGUUUUACGCUCGUGUUAAUAAUAAUGAUAUUGUGUGAGAAUGUUUACUAACAUGCCUACAGCAUAUUGUCUAUAUAUUUGUUUUGUUUGAUCAGAUGUUGCUAAUAAACCUGUUUUUCCUUU